AUGGGAUCGGCUCUGAUUGGGAUCCUCGUGGGGACGAUGUUUGGCGUGCUGGGCGCCACAAUGAGCAAAAGCAUGCUCUAUCAGGCCCCGGAUGAGUGUCGCUGGGUUGGGGCGACGGACGACGAUGUGACGCUCGUGUGCAAGCUAAGGACCAUCAAUAGUGAGCUGGAGAACACGAAUUUCAGUGUGAUCCAGCCACAGAACACAGUGAGACUGAGACUUGAGUGUAGUGACGGGCUCUUCUUCCAGAGCUCCAUCAAUCCGGGCAGCUUCCGGGCGCUCGUGGAGCUGCGCUCCCUAUCCGUUGAGUACUGCAAGCUGUCCAAUCUCACGGACGGCUCAUUCAGGGGCUUGAGUGCGCUGCGCAACCUCACGAUCAGGACACACAAUGCGGACUGGAGUGCAAUGAGUCUGGAUGUGGGUCGCGGUGUGUUCACGGAAGAGCUGGAGGCUCUCCAGGGACUGGACUUGAGUGAUAAUAACAUGUGGACCAUCCCCGAUGGCAUGAUUUGCCCGCUGCGAUCGCUGCAGCGGCUGAAUCUCACGCGAAACAGGAUCAGGGACCUCGGUCCUUUCCACCUCAGUGCCUCAAUUAGCACGGUGUCGUCGAAGAAGUGCGGUUCAGCCAUGCAGAUGCUCGAUCUCUCGCACAACAACAUUGAGAACCUUCCGGCGGCCAUUUUCUCCGGCCUCGGCCGCUUGUCUGAACUGCGACUGGCCGCAAAUGGGAUGAAUUUCAUCGCCGAUCGAGCCCUUGAGGGUCUCAUCUCCCUGGCCAUUGUGGACUUGUCCGAGAACAGGCUCAGCAACCUGCCGCCCGAGCUGUUCAGUGAGGCGAAAAAUGUACAAGAGAUUUACCUGCAGAACAACAGUCUCAAUGUUCUGGCGCCGGGAAUUUUUAGUGAAUUAACACAAGUGGUGGUGCUGGAUUUGUCACACAAUGAGCUCACGUCCGAGUGGAUCAAUGGGGUGACAUUCCGUGGCAUGAGACGCCUCGUGAUGCUGGAUGUGUCAAGCAACAGGAUCAGUCGACUGGAGGUGACGACAUUUCGUGAUCUCACCUCACUGCAGAUUCUGCGACUGCAGGAGAACCAGAUCGAAGUGAUACCGGAUGGAAUAUUUGCCGAUCUGGGAAAUUUGCACACACUCGUGCUGUCCAACAAUCGCUUGAGCACAGUUGAGGUGACAACGUUCCAGGGGCUGAACACCUUGUCACUCUUGUCACUGGACUACAAUCGCAUCGCCCGCAUUGAUCGCGAGGCGCUGAAGAAUUGCUCAGGAAGUCUGCAAGAUCUCCACUUGAAUGGCAAUAAAUUGCACAGAGUGCCGGACGUUCUCUACGAUGUGCUUCAGCUCAAGACACUGGAUUUGGGCGAGAAUCAAAUCACAAAUAUCGAUGAGGCGAGCUUCAGUGGCAUGGUGCAGAUGUUCGGACUGCGAUUGACUGAGAACAGCAUUGAGACGAUCAAGAGGGGCACUUUUGAUCGCAUGGAGGCGCUGCAAAUUCUCAAUUUGUCACACAAUAAAAUACGCAAAAUUGAUCAUGAGGCCUUCAACAAGAACACCAAUUUGCAGGCCAUUCGCCUCGAUGGUAAUCACCUCACUGACAUCACUGGACUAUUCACGAAGCUGCCGAAUCUCGUGUGGCUGAACAUCAGUGACAAUAGACUCGAGGUCUUUGACUAUGCCCUCAUUCCCACCGGACUGCAGUGGCUGGACAUCCACGCGAAUAAGAUAUCAGAGUUGGGCAACUACUUCGAGAUGGAGAAUCAACUGUCGCUGAGCACAUUUGACGCCAGUUCCAACAAAUUGAUCGAUAUCACCGGCAGCGCCAUUCCCAACAGCAUCGAAGUGCUCUAUCUCAGUGAUAAUCUCAUUUCCAAGGUGCAAUCGUACACAUUCUUCAAGAAGCCCAAUCUCACGCGAGUGGAUCUGUUCGGCAACAAGAUCACCACACUCGAUCCCAACGCCCUGAGAAUCUCAGCUGUGCCCGAGGAUCGUCAGCUGCCUGAGUUCUUUAUCGGUGGCAAUCCCUUCGAGUGCGACUGCAAUCUCGAUUGGCUGCAGAAGAGCAACACCGUAGACUCACGCACGCAGCCCAAGCUGAUGGACGUGGCCAGCAUUUACUGCAAGCUCAACUACAACAGAGGCAACAUGUACAUGCCACUGGUGGAGGCUGAGGCCAGCCAAUUCCUCUGCAAGUACGAAACGCACUGCUUCGCUCUGUGUCACUGCUGUGACUUCAAUGCGUGCGACUGCAAAAUGGAGUGUCCCAAUCGCUGUUCCUGCUUCCACGAUCAAAGCUGGACAUCCAACGUGGUGGAUUGCUCGCGGGCGGGCUAUGAGAAUCGACUGCCCGACCUGAUACCCAUGGACGCCACGCAAAUCCACCUGGACGGCAAUGAUCUGCAGGAGGUGUCGAGUCACGCGUUCAUUGGGCGCAAGAAGUUGCGAAUCCUAUUCCUGAACAGCAGCAACAUCAAUACGCUGCACAAUAGGACAUUCAACGGUCUCAGGGAGCUCGAGGUGCUGCAAUUGGACAACAAUCGACUGACAGAACUCAAGGGAUUCGAAUUCACUGGCCUGCAGAAUCUGCGCGAGCUGUACUUGCACAACAACCUCAUUGCCGCGAUAGACAAUGACACCUUCAGCCACUUGACGGAGAUGCGAAUCCUGCGCUUGGACAACAAUCGUCUCACCACAUUCUACUUCGUGCAUCUGCCGCAGGCGCUGACGGAAGUGCACUUGGCGGGGAAUAUGUGGAGUUGUGAGUGUGACUUUGUGGAGAAGAUCAAGGACUUUAUGAGCAAGAGUGACGUGGUGAGGGACAAACUGAGAGUCAAGUGCUCCCAUACUGUGAGUGAAAAUGACGUGGCGUAUCCUUCGGUGAAGUUCAGAUCGCGCAGGGGAACAGUGAUCGAUCGCAGUGUGGACGAUGACCCACAUGGGUUCUUUGUGCUCGCGGAAAACAGCUCCCGGAUCUGCACGGGCGUGAUGGAGGCUGGGAAUCACAGUAAUUUGACCUCCACGAAGACCAUCCUCUCCCAGCCACCGCUCAACGACUACAUUCCCCUCCUAGUGGCCACUCUGUGUGGCUUCGUUGUGAUCAUUGUCGCCAUUCUCGUGAUCUUCAUGUUCCGCCAGGAGAUGCGCGUGUGGUUUCACUCACGCUUCGGCGUGAGACUCUUCUAUCGCGCCAGUGACACGGACAAGAACGAGCGCGACAAGCUGUACGACGCCUUCGUCAGCUACAGCUCCAAGGAUGAGGCAUUCGUGGCUGAGGACUUGGCGCCCGCCCUGGAGAAUGGUGAUCCUUCGUACAAACUCUGUCUGCACUACAGGGACUUUCCCGUGGGGCCCUACAGCCCCGACACCAUCGUGCAGGCCGUGGAGUCCUCGCGGCGCACCAUAAUGGUGCUGUCGGAGAACUUCAUCAAGUCCGAGUGGUGUCGAUUCGAGUUCAAAAGCGCCCACCAUCAAGUGCUGCGCGACCGGCGCCGCAGAUUGAUUGUGAUCCUGCUGGGCGAAGUGCCACAGAAGGACCUGGAUCCGGACAUUCGACUCUACCUGAAGACCAACACGUACCUUCAGUGGGGCGACAAGCUGUUCUGGGAGAAGCUGCGCUUCGCCCUGCCGGACGUGCCCAACAACCAGAGGCGCCAGACGCCGCAGAAUCGACACCAAAACACCUCCAUCGCCAUCCAGACGCCGGUGCAGCACUUCCGCAACCACAACGUCACGCGGCACAACAACCGCAAUCAGCAGAUGAUGAUGUCGCAGCCACUGCAGCCCAUGCUGCCCUCGGCGCCCAUGGAUCAGGGCUCGGGUCUGCCCAACGGCGCUCGCACGGUCGCCAUCCACAUUUGA